GCGAAUUACCCUGAUAUCCGACGAUAUUAAGUGCCAUAUUACUUGAUAUCCCAUACAACUCGAAUGUCAUCUCAUAUCAUCAUUAUUGUGUGAUAUCCGGGAUAUCAUGAACGAAAUCAAGUCAGACUAUCAAAAGUAGCUACUGGCAACGCGGAUAGCGGCAUUGAACGUACUCAUUUGCGAAAUGUCAUUUGAAAAAUUCGGUAGGUCGUGGCAAGCGUUGACCUGAUUUUCGCAAAUAACAACAAAAACCAUAAACAAAUUGAAACUUUUUAAAAUGGCUGAUGAGAAAAGACGAACCAAGUUAUUAAAAAAGAAGACAGUGUGGUCACCGUCUCAAAUUCAACUGUUAGUGGAAUUAUGGGAGGAAAAGAUUGGCGAUCUUCGGGGCUGUCGAAAAAACAGCCAUGUAUACGAGGAAAUGAAAGAGUCAUUUAAACACCACGGCAUCGAAGUCACAACAGACGAAAUAAAGAAUCGCAUACAUAACUUAACUGCACGUUACAGGAAAGAAAAAACAUCUAUCGGUCCGUCGGGUGGAUCGCCAUCGCAAUGGCCACAUUACGAUAAAAUUCACAGAAUUUUAGGGAGUUUCCGAAUAAAUAACAUCGAGUCAGUUAUUGAGGAUAGUAUAGUAAAUGAUACGGAUUAUUCUGCUAUGUACCCGGAGGAUUGGCUUGGAGUAGAGGAAUCUGAUGCGGAACAGCAAGCAACAGGACUGUCACUGGUCAAUGAAAUUCAAGACCAGGUAGCAAGUUCACCCGUGGAAUUCUCCGCAGGCACAUCAAAAGUAGCAAUUUCACCCGUGGAACCCUCCGCAGGCUCAUCGAAAGUGGCUUCAAAGAGAAAAAGGAACACAUGUAAUGAAUUAAUUGACGAAUUCAAAAGAACGAACGAAAGAAUCGAAGUAGAGUUAGCACACAUGAGGGAAACAGAUGAGAAAUUAAUUGCUUUGGAAGAAGAAAGAAACGAAAUAUUGAAACAAAUGAGCAAUAGUUCAACUGCACUAAGUAACGCAAUUAUAAACUAUUUAAAUAAAUGAUAUGACACAACGGAUAGAUAAAUACCUACAUCCAUAUA